GGACACGCAACGAGAAUCACUACACUCAUCACACGCCUUCCAGCUCAAAAAAACACUUUCACUACAUUCAAUCGCUGUUUAGCUAUCGAUUUUCCAAACCCAUCAACAGAAGCCUAUCAGGGCAAUCUUUACUGUCUUGUUAUUCCACCGUUCCUGCAAGCAAUGUCGUCGAGCCUAUCGUUCUACGGGGGAUGGGCGGGCAUCGCCGUCGUUGGUGCUGGAUACUGGUACCUGCAGAAUCGGAAGCCAGCCGCCGUCAAGCAAACAAAAGCUGCACCAACGAAACCAGCGACCAAGCAAACAGAAGCACGGAAGGAUGGCAAGGCUAAGAAACAACGAAGCGAGGGGGCUCAGAGCAGUGGAGAUCAAGCGUCAGAGAAGAGCACAACCAAAAAGGCACGGAAGGCUGUCAAGGUUGACGCCAAACCUGCUGUGCAGAAUGUCACUCCUAAACCCACCACAACCUCAAACGAUGACGAUGAUGACGAGAUCGACAAUCGAGAGUUUGCCCGCCAGCUCAGCAAUGCCAAAGCAGGCACUGCCAUCGGUUCGAAACCACAAGCAGGGGCACGCCAAAAGUCUGUCAAGCAAUCCCGGGCACAAGCCGCAGCAUCCAACAGCUUUGAUGAUAACACAGCUUCCGCCACCUCAUCCAAUGCAGGUGCUGACGCCGAUGAUGACUUGUCGGCUGCCAAUUCCCCAGUUUUGAACGCUAGAUCCUCAAGCAACCUGGGUGGCGUUGGUGACAUGCUGGAGCCCGUCUCCCAGGGCCCAUCGGUCCUUCGCAUCACCUCUCCAGUCAACCCUCAACCAAAGAAGGAGAAGAAGGCAGCAAAGGCACCCGAGCCAGUCGAAACAAAGAAGCAACGUCAGAACCGCAAGAAGAGAGAAGCUGAGAAGCUAGCUCUGGCGGCAUCAGAGACAGAUCGCAAGGUGCUCCUGGAGUCCCAGCGCCGCACAGCCCGCGAAGCUGAAGGCCGGGCUGCCAAGGAUGGAAGCCUAUACACAAACUCGGCUGCGGCCGCCUCAGUCUGGAAGGCAGACGAGGCCGCUGUUGAGGCCAAGCCUGCCAAUGGACAGGUGGAGCUACUCGACACAUACGAGCCGGCAACCAAGCCAGCUGCUACGAAGCCAAAGGCAAAGGGAGGCGACGAUUAUGCGACCUUACCAUCUGAAGAGGAGCAGCUGAGACUUAUCGAGGAGGAUUCUGCAUGGAACACUGUCACCAAGCCGAAGAAGGGAAAGAAGAAGGCGGAUGAGGCAGUUAAGCCUGUUGAGGCACCAACCCCUCCCCCAAAUGUGCCGGAGACCAAGCUCCCAAAGCAGCGCACUGAGGAGCUUACCUGGGUGGACAACAACGAGCACGGAGUCGCCAAGUACGACCUUGCGGAUGACGACUGGGAGGUCGCGUAAGAUGAGCUCGGGUUUUUUUUCUGAUGGCUGCGGGAGUGGCGGCCUCGACACUGGCCUGUCGACAUCUACUACUCCAACCAGUCAAGCGACCUCAAUUUUGAUCCCCUUUGCUCGUUCUUUUUUCGCAAUGGCCCUUCGGACUCUGUCGUCGAUCGAGCCGGUGGUGUGGUUUUAUACGAUGUUCUGGUGCGUUCAAGUUAGGGCAAGGCGUUGAGCAUGCAUGGGAGACGAUAUUUUCUGCGACUGCGAUGAACGACGAGAGUGUAUGUUAAGUAUGGCAUGCGCGGGCAGGAGACAGGAUCACAUCUGGGGCGGAUUUUCUAUUUUGUAAUUUUUUUCGUAGGGCAGCGAAUUGUACCAUCACAGGGCCUCCUUCCAACUAGAUAGCUGGCCUCUCCAGGGUCUGUGACGGAUACAAACUAUCUACAAUACCCAUC